AUGUUUACAACAACUAAUGUAGCUGCUACAACAGCAUCAGCUGGUGGUGGUGGUCCUGUUGCUGCUGCUGUUCCACCGACUUUUCAAAUAAUUAAUCCACCAGUUACUGGUUCAUCAUCGUCAACAACUUCAUCAACUUGGCGUAUAACUCCAGCAUCGUCAUCAUCAUCAUCAUCAUUAAUAAGACAACCAUCAGUUGUCUCAAUUAGAAAUGCAAGUAUGAUUGUGCCAUCAACUACUACUCUACCAAUUAAUUCAACCGGUGUAACAAUGCCAACAGUUUAUAUAGCAGCAACAACUAAUUCUCAACAAUAUAAUACAAUAACAACUGGAAAUCGUACUCUUCAAACCCCUCAAACUGUACGAAUUCUUCCGUCACCAUUACAUUCAUCAUUAUCUGCACCGACUUUAACUAUUCUAAAUAAUAGAAAUACAGCAAUAAUGAAUAACUCUCUACAAAUUGUAACAUCACCUAUUUCUUCUACUUAUAAUAUUUCCAAACCAGAUAUUUGUAUUGGUACACCUUCUCUUGGUGAAUUAGGACCAUUAAUAAUUCAACGACAAAUUACAAAUAACACUUUUGUACAACAAUCCCGAUCACUCACUACAACUGUUCAAAAUCAAAAUAUUAAUUCAAUUGACGAACAGAAAAAUGCAACAAAUUCAUGUAUAGUAAGUAAUGAUAAUAAUAGUUUAAUUAAUAAUUCCCAAGAUCAAGAAAUCGAAAUCUUUGUCAAUAAUGUUGUUUGUACAUUUGCACUUGGUUGCAAAUUAAAUUUACGUAAAAUAGCUAUGGAAGCUGCAAAUGUUAUCUACAAACGUGAUCAAGCGAUGGUAUUGAUGAAGAUUCGACAUCCAAAUUGUUCAGCCAACAUCUGGUCAUCGGGUAAAGUAACAGUAACGGGAACGACGAGUGAGGAUGAUGCACGACGCGGCGCACGACGUAUUGCUCGAUCACUGCAACGACUCGGCUUUAAAACGCAUUUUCGACACUUUCGUGUUGUCAAUUGCCUUGCGACUUGUACGAUGCCAUGGCCAAUUGAUAUUGUGAAAUUAAGUCGAACGUAUUCAGAAUGUGUGAGUUAUGAACCCGAAAUUCAUCCGGGUGCUACAGUCAGAUUGUCCGAGAAAGCUGUUCUAAAAGUAUUCACUACUGGUCGUAUAACGUUGACAGCACCGGCUGUUGAACGUAUCAAUACAGCAGUAAAUGAUUUCUAUCCACAAUUAUAUGAAUGUCGAAGACUCAAUUUUGAUGAAAGACAUUGUUGA